AAUUUACUCAUUUUUUAAUGCUGAAACAUACGCACCAUAGUUUUGCGGUAAAAAUAAACUAAUCUUCAUGUUAGUGAAAGUAAUAGCGGCUGGUAUUGUUGAGCUUUGCACAUUAUAUAAUCAUCACAAGGAGAAGUGCUGAUUAAUAUUUGAAGUUUAUCAGCCUUGUUGUUGUUCCUCACAAGUCAUAAGCUCUAAAAUGGGUGCUUUGUUGUGGAAGCUAAAUCUUCUUUUUCUUGCUGGCAUUCUCUUCUCUCUUAAACAUUGUGCAUCUCAUAGAGAUACAGGUAGAAAAUACAGUUUUAUGCAAGAUGCAACUUCAGCACCAAUCAUAUCCUACUAUGAUUACAUCAUAGUUGGUGGUGGCACCGCAGGGUGUCCUUUGGCUGCAACACUGUCCCAAAAUCAUAGGGUUUUGGUGCUUGAACGUGGUGGAUCACCUUAUGGGAAUCCAAACAUAACCAAUUUAAGUGCCUAUGGUGUUCCACUCUCUGAUACAUCUCCUUCUUCUCCUGCUCAACGAUUCAUUUCUGAAGAUGGUGUUAUUAAUUCAAGAGCUCGUGUUCUAGGUGGUGGAAGUUGUUUGAAUGCUGGCUUCUACACUCGUGCAAGCCCUCGCUAUGUAAGGGAGGCUGGUUGGGAUGGAAAGUUAGUGAAUGAAUCAUAUAAAUGGGUGGAGAGAGUGGUGGCUUUUCGGCCCUCUAUGCGUCAAUGGCAAUCAGCAGUUAGAGAUGGAUUAUUGGAAGUAGGUGUGUUGCCUUACAAUGGCUUUACUUAUGAUCACAUUCAUGGGACUAAGGUUGGAGGUACAAUCUUUGACCAUAAUGGUCAUAGACACACUGCUGCUGAUCUUUUGGAAUAUGCUAACACCAACACAAUCACUCUUCUUUUGCAUGCCACCGUUCAUAGGAUCUUGUUUACAACACAUAAAGAAAGAUCAAAUUCAAGGCCUGUUGCACAUGGAGUUCUAUACAAGGAUGCACGAGGGACAGAACACAGGGCAUACUUGAAUCAUGGGACUAAGAAUGAGAUCAUAGUAUCAGCUGGUGCACUAGGUAGCCCACAACUUCUGAUGUUGAGUGGAAUUGGAGCAGGACAUCACCUUAGGGAACACAACAUCAGUGUAGUGUUAGAUCAACCUUUGGUAGGACAAGGAAUGUCAGAUAAUCCAAUGAACGCUGUUUAUGUCCCGUCUCCUUCCCCCGUAGAGGUCUCCCUCAUUUCAGUUGUUGGCAUUACCAACUUCGGCAGCUACAUUGAAGCCGUGAGCGGUGCAGCCUUCACCAGUAAUGGAAGCGAGUUCACAAUGUUUACUCCCAAGAUUGGUCAAUUCUCAAAGUUGCCACCAAAGCAAAUGAUUCUACAAGCCAUAGCAAAAGCAAUAGGGAGGAUAGAAAGCCUAGACCAAGAAGCUUUAAGGGGUGGAUUCAUUCUGGAGAAAGUAAUAGGUCCAAUUUCAACAGGUCAUUUGGAGCUCCGAAACACUGAUCCAAAUGAUAACCCUUUGGUAACAUUUAACUACUUCCAGGACCCAAGAGACUUGGAACGAUGCAUACAAGGCAUGGGCACAAUUGAGAAAAUAAUAGAUUCAAAUGCUUUUGCUCCAUUUAGAUACAAUAACAUAUCAUUUUCUAUGUUACUUAACAUGAUUGCAAAUGCACAAGUAAAUUUAUUGCCUAAGCACACAAAUACUUCAAUGUCUUUGGAACAAUUUUGUAGAGACACUGUGAUGACAAUAUGGCAUUAUCAUGGUGGUUGUCAAGUUGGUAGGGUUGUUGAUAAUGAUUAUAAGGUUCUUGGUGUCGAUGCAUUGCGCGUAAUCGACGGUUCUACCUUCAACUAUUCUCCUGGAACUAAUCCUCAAGCCACUCUCAUGAUGCUUGGAAGGUAUAUGGGAGUCAGAAUAUUGAGAGAGAGACUUGCUGCUGAUGAAACCAAUUAAUAUUGUAUUGAUAAAUUUAAUUUUUAGUAUUUCUCUAUUCAUGUUCAUCAUUUGAUGUCUAGCCACUAAGAAAAUCCACUCUAGACUUGGAUUAUUUCAAGUUAAUAUUACUCCACAAUGAAUAAAAUAUUGUAUCACGUUCAUCGUA